AUGGCGUCGUCCAAUACCUGCCGCAAGACCGUUACUGGUCUUUUGAGGAAUCUGUCGCUCGCAUCGGCUUCCACUUCCGCAUCAGCACAGUCCGCCAGCGCUUCCACGUCGUCAAUACGUUCAAGAUGCUUUUCUGUCUCAGCUCGCAACGCUAAUUCGGCCUCGGCCUCGUCUUCCAAGCAAGCGCUUCAGCAGCAGUCCUCUUCGUCGUCCUCGUCGUCCUCGUCGUUGGCCUCUUCUUCUUCUUCUUCCUCCUCCUCCACUAAGAAGCCCAUCAAGACCAUCCCUGCCUCAUCGCCGCUGCUCGACAAGCCCAUGCCCAUCGACUUCCCCUCGAGCACGCUUCGCACCUUCCCCUCGCUGCUCCACUUUGCCGACCCCGUGCUCGAUCCGCACCCAGACAACGUGAUCCGCUCGACGCCCACCACCACCACGCCGUACCCGUCCACCGUCACGCUGCUGAACGAGCCUCGCAUGUUUGAGCCAACUCCUCCUUCAGCCGACUCGCUGGUGCUCUCGUCUGGCUCGGACGCCGACGAGGUCAACUCGGAGCAAUAUCUCUCGACCGUGACGCCGCUCUCGGUCAAAGAGGUGCGCGAUCUGCACCGCCACGCCAUCGUGCUCAAGCGUGUGGUGCACAUGACUACCAAGGGCAAGGACGCCAGCAUGUACGCGCUCGUCAUCGCCGGCAACGGGAACGGCUUGGUGGGCUACGGCGAGGGCAAGGACACCAAUGCGUCCAAAGCAGGUCGCAAGGCGUUCCACGAAGCGGUCAAGAACCUGGACAGCGUCAGCAUCCACAAGGGCAGCGACGGCUCGCGAACCAUCGAGACGCAGGUCGAGGCCAAGUGGGGCGCCACUCGUGUGGUGAUGCGUCCGCGUCCGGCUGGAUUCGGCCUUCGUGUCCCUCCUGUGAUCCAUGCCAUCUGCCGCUCCGUGGGCAUUACGGACCUCAGCGCUUCGAUCUACGGCUCCACCAACCCUGUCAACGUGGUCAAAGCGGCGCUCCAGAUUCUGUGGGGUGGCGCUGCCCCGCUCGGUAUGGGCGAUGGCGUCGGCGGGCAGAUGCGUCGCAAGGACAAGGGCAGAGGUAUGCGCGGUCGUCUCGACAUUGAGCGCAGCCGUGGCCGCCGCAUUGCCGAAGUCAGCAUGUCCAAGUAA